AUGAAAACCAACGACCACUGGUUCACUCACGGAGCACCAUUCGUCACGCCAGUCACCGACACAUACCCAUUCAUCUCCACCUACACCCAUGAAACUCUCUCCGGAAAGUCCGUCCUAAUCACAGGCGCCUCCCGCGGAAUCGGCCUCCAAACAGCCAUCCACUUCGCCAAAGCCGGCUGUUCGCACAUCGCCCUCGCCGCCCGCUCCUCCCUCUCCUCCGCAAAACAAGCAGUCGAACACGCAUCGCCCUCUCAAACACCCCUCACAAUCCUCACUCUAGCCCUCGACAUCUCCUCCCCCUCGCAGGUCCAAGCAGCCGCAGCCGAAGUGAAGAAAGCCUUCGGCACCCUCGACAUCCUCAUCAACAACGCAGGCUACCUAAUGCAAUUUCAAAAUAUCGGAGACACCGACCCCCUCGCCUACUGGAUGACCUGGGAAACAAACAUCAACGGGACAUACCUCGUCACGCGCGCCUUCCUCCCCCUCCUCCUUGCCUCAACCCUCAAGACCAUAAUCAACAUAUCCAGUUCCGGCGCGCACGUCGUCAUCCCCGGUGCAUCUGCCUACCAGGCCUCCAAACUCGCUCUGAUUAGGCUGACAGAGUUUCUGGAUGCGGAGUACGCUGCGCAAGGUCUUAUUGCCAUUGCGCUGAACCCGGGAGGCGUAGUCACGGAAUUAGCGCGGAAGAUGCCGGAGUAUAUGAUGGGGUAUUUGACGGAGACGGUGGACUUGCCGGCGGAUACUUUGGUUUGGCUUUGUCGGGAGAGGAGGGAGUGGCUGGGGGGAAGGUUUGUGACUGCGACGUGGGAUAUGGAGGGGUUGGAGGAGGAGGGAAGAGAUAGUGGAGAAGGAUUUGCUUAA